UCAUGAACCCUUUACAAACAUUUCUUCAGACAACUGACAAGACUACAGAUCCCUCUGAGCCAUGAGAGCUAACUUGGAAGUCCUAGCAAUGGUCCUGGGUUUCAUCAGCCUGUUUGGAAUCAUAACCAUCACCGCUGUGCCCAUGUGGCGGGUCUCAGCUUUCAUUGGCGCCAACCUCAUUGUCAUGGAAGAACUGUGGGAGGGUCUGUGGAUGACCUGCUUCAGGCAACUCAACAUCAGGAUGCAGUGCAAGGUGUACGACUCGCUGCUGAUUCUACCGCCGGAGCUGCAGGCAUCCAGGGCGUUCAUGUGUGUCUCCAUUGCCCUGGUUGUCAUCUCUCUGCUCAUCACUGCAUGCGGGACUGAGAAGACCGCCUGCUGUAGUGACAACGUAAAGUGCAAAAACAUCAUCUUGGCCCUAGGAGGAGGCAUGUACCUGCUUUCAUGUCUGACCACACUAAUCCCUGUCUGCUGGGUUGCUCAUACUGUCAUCAACAACUUCUACAACCCUUUGCUGGUGGACGCUCAGAAACGGGAGCUGGGCGCAGCGCUCUUCAUUGGAUGGGCCACGUCUGGUGUCCUGCUGAUUACUGGGAUCAUCCUUCUCUUCUGCUUCAGCAAACGCAGGUCAAAGGAGGACGUUCCUUAUGAUAACACAUUUGUUAUGGCAGACAGACACAUGCCAAUGGAGGAUAGCGUGGACUUGGACAGGAAGUCAUCCAGCUUUCAUAAACAUCAGGAAUAUGUGUAGGCUGCAAGUUUUACAUCUGUGUUUACAUUAGACUGUGCUUAUGACAAUUUUUGCCUGUUGCUUCGCCAAUCACUGCUUCAUGAUAGACGAACAUAGAGAAAUAUGAUGUUGAAAAAGAUGACAUGAAAUCUAGGCUGAAGUCUCUCACAUGCAUUCUGGCAAACACAAUGCCAGAAGGUUUGUUUUUUAACAACUGAUUUAAAGCUGUAUCUGGAGAAGUAACGAUUGUGUCUCUGCUAACAGCAUCUUAAGCUUGUUACUUCUGCAGAGUUGACAUGGCUGUACUAUGCAAUGUGCUUAUGAAUUUUUAAAAACUGUUUUAACUGGACUCUCUUGGACAUCAGGUGUCAACCAUUUAUUGGUCAAGAAUGAGAGAAACCACAGCUGUAUGUGACAAAGUUCAGAAGCCAACUGUCCAGAUAAUUUUGGGCCUUGAAAAAUGUGAGGGUUGGGGACUGUUCACACACUGUUCACACUGUGAAUGUAAUUACACUUAAGUUUCAACAUGGCAGGCUGAACUAGUCUUAUCGUCAUGAUUUGCUUUCAACUGUACUAUAGUGUGAUGACUCCUAAAAUAAAUACAUUAAAUAAAACAAAAAACCCAGUACUGCUAUUGUUCAUAUAUAUAUGAACCCAGCUGCAUUCAACUGUGAUGUUACAUGACUCCAUUACCUUUGCUCCUUUUGUUUGCAUCAUGAUCAAGCCAUUGUAUCAACACGAGCAAUUAAAGAUUAUUUGUAUUUUG